AUGUAUAAAAAAAUUAUUUUAAAGGUUGUUCAACUAGAUUUUAAUUUUAAUUCUUUAUAUAAGAAAUUUUAUCAGUUCCAUGGUUACUGCUCACAAAUGAGUUUGAAGCAUAGAAAGGAAGAAACAAGGAAAAAAUCUCAAUUAGAAUAUAAAUAUAAUCCUUUAGAAAAUGCAUGUUAUACGUUUGAUAAUGGUUUAAGAAAAGUUGUUCCUUAUUUUUUUAAUUUUAAAACGUAUGCUAAAGAAAGAUGGAGAGGACGUACUAUCUAUGACGUUUUUUCUAAAGAAUUUCGAGAUCGAACUCCCCAAUAUUAUGAACAAGAAAUUAAAAAUGGAAAUGUUAUCAUAAAUGGACGUAUUGCUACAUUUGAGCAGAUAAUAAAAAAUGGAGAUAUUAUAGAACAUCUUAGUCAUAGACAUGAACCUCCAGUUACUGAUAAGAAGAUUGAUAUUAUUUAUCAAGACGAUGAUAUUGUGGUAAUAAAUAAACCUCCUGGUAUUCCUGUUCAUCCUACUGGACGAUAUCGACAUAAUUCAAUUACACAUAUUAUGAUGGCAGAGAUGGGUUUUGACAGUCUUGCGCCGUGUAAUAGACUUGAUAGACUUGCAUCAGGAUUAAUGAUUUUGGCUCGUAAUGUACGUAUUGCAGAAGAAAUGCGUAAAAAAAUGCAUGAUAGGCGUAUUUUGAAAGAAUAUAUAUGUAAAGUUCGUGGUUUAUUUCCUGAAGGAGAGAUAGUAUGCACAGAACCACUUUUAACAGUAUCCCCAAAGUUAGGAUUAAAUAGAGUUCAUCCGGAUGGAAAGCCAUCUAAAUCCACUUUUAAAAUGCUAGGUUAUGAUGGAGAAAACAGUAUCGUUCAUUGUCGACCUUUAACUGGACGGACUCAUCAGCUUCGAGUUCAUCUACAAUGGUUAGGGAAGCCUAUAGUAAACGAUCCGGUUUAUUCGGAUAUAGGAAUUUGGGGAUAUGAUAUGAAAAAAAAUGACACUUUUACGUUUAAUGAUAAUGAAUUGUUUCCUUCACUGAUAAAAUCGAAGAAAAUAGAAGCAUCUUCUUGGUAUAUCAAUAAAAUAGAAGAAGCAGAGAGAUUGAGGGGGAAUAAACUUGAUGAACUUUUAACAGGUGAAGUAUGUGAUGUUUGCCAAGCACCUUUAUACUCCGAUCCUUCACAAAAUGACUUAAGAAUAUAUUUACAUGCUUGGAAGUAUAAAUCAGACGAUAAUUCAUGGAGUUUUGAAACGGAACUGCCAGAGUGGGCAAAUAUAGAUUUUAUAUAA